GAUUUCCAGCCUGAAAUGUAUCCUACAGUGGAGAAACAGUCUCUGUCUCUGGCACCAGAUCUGAUGCAGCAUCGUCCUCCAAGAUACGAGCAUCCACAACCAGACUCUAGAGCUGAACAUCAUUAUGAUGUACCGCAUCUUACUAACAGCUAUGCGUCUCCUGUAGACCAUCAAGUGACUCCUUGUGCCUCCAGUAAGGGCCAAAGUGACGACUACGACAGCAAGCCUUACAGUGAAUCAGAACACUCUGCUUCCAGCUGUUUUACUAGCUCUGGCUCAAUGUACGAUGCUGCAAAUGAGUCCGUGACUCUCCAACUAGCGGAACUCGUGUCAAACUCGCCUACAUCUCAGUCCCUCUCAGUUUCAAGUGCUGGAGCGAGGUUGGCAUUACCUGCCGCUGGUGUUGCCCUCUCUAUCCCCGAAGCUGCCCUUAGCAGGGGCAGGCGGGAGCAAAUAUAUGUCGCAGUCGUCAAAGACGACCGCUAUCGACCAAGACUAGGAAAAGGUAUCACGCAGCUGAGCCCAGUAGUUAAGUGCGGCCCACCGCGUCUUCAAUUAAACAAGUCAGUCAUCCUACAAAUCCCUCAUUGCGCCAGUCUAAAACACGGCUUCUGGAAUCUCUCGCUGUACGCCAUCGACCAUAAUACUGCUAAAACAGAUAAUACGCAGCCACAAUGGAAGAAAAUCGUCGGCCUCGGCCAAGAAACGAUCAAUACUCCCGUGUUCACUCAACUCGACAAUGAUAAAAUAUUCUUAGUGACCGAUAUGCUGUCUACUUUUGUAUUAGUCGGUGAAAGUUUUAAUGGAAAGGCAGUGAAGGCGCUUCAAUUGGCGAUAUAUGCGCCCGCAGUACUGAGUGAAACCAGUGCAGAUUACAGCAUAAGACUUUAUGUAUUUGAAGAUACGCUUUGCGCAGCCUACUACUGUCAGGAACAGGAGAAGAAACUUGGCGGCGUGUUACUCGAGCGACCUAAAACUUUGCUAUUCCAAGACGGUGGAUCGAAUCUCUGUUUGAACUUGGAACAUGUCAGCCCUGGUUGGAAAGCCAAACCGGGUAUUGGUUACCAAGAGAUCCCCUUCCAACAUGUUUGGGGCUCGAACUACAACGCAUUACAUUGCAGUUUUGUGCUUGAGAGGACUCAUGAUUGCGAUAAUAUCGAUUUCAGCGUGUCAGCCUGUCAGAGAACCAAUCCGUCAUACAAGCAGACAUUCCGAAUAUCCCUUGACGACGUGCGGAGCCGAUCACCGCGGGGACGUUCACCCCGCGCCGAAUCGCAGCGCAGUUUUAACAUAACUGAAAACCUUUUAGAGGCUCGUAUGUGCCGCAGCGAAGACGGGAGCGAUGGCAGCGUUAAAAGGAACGUAACAGUUAGUGAGGCGGGCGUCAACGAGUGCGCGGGCGAGGGCCCGUUUAAAUUAAGUGCUCGAGUAAAAAGGCAGUUGUGCGCUAUAUUGGAUCCGCCAAACGCGCGCGGGAACGACUGGCGGGCUCUGGCAUCGAGGCUGGGAGUGGAUCGUUACACGACGUGGUUCGCCACAAAAAGCUCGCCAACAGAGGCUAUCCUGGAGCUAUGGGAGUGUCGCGAGCGCGGCCCGGGCGCCACCGCCGCGCUGGCCGCCGCUCUGCGCACCAUGGAUCGCCACGAUGCGGCCGACCUACUGCACGGCAGACCCUCCUGGUUAUGAAUUCCUCAAACUCCCCACUCUCAACCUAAUUAAUGACUUCAACUCUACGGUACGUAUCCGAGUGUAUGUAAUGAGACUAUUGUGAAAGAUGAUAUCUGUGCUACUAUAGGCCUAUACGAACGAAUGUACAUGGACGAUUGUUGGUAAACUAAUGAGUAGUUUAAAUGUUACGUUAGAAAAAAGUAUAGUUUCGUAGGCCGACGGCCUAAGUUUGUAAAAUCUUCGUAGUAUAUUUUGUAUAGAAUAUUCUAUGCUGUAGAUAAGCGAUUGAUGAAUAAAUUAUAUUAUAUUAGCAAUAAUAGUGCCUACAAUGUCUUUUAAAGAAACAUUGCCGACUCGAGACGGUCGGCGUCAGUUGGUUAUUUUGUUAUUUUUUGUAUAGUGUUUGAGUGUUUUAUUAACUGAGAAAUUUGCUUAUUUUUCUAUUUUAUUUGCUCGCAAUAAUUUGAAUUUGCUUUUUAAUAGAUUCGAACUUUGUGCCAAAUAUUGACUGCCACAGCAAACAUUUUGGCAAUAUUAUCUAAAAGAGAAUGUUAUACGUGUCUAACUCUGAGCUUACUUAGCUACUGUUUAAAGUUACAAUAUACAUAAGUAUUUUUA